CGAGCCUCCACCGCACCCCCCCACGCCCCUCAAACCGGCGCUUUGCAACGCGAGCCGAACAGGUGUAGCUGUUAGAGCGGCCUGGGGUUCCCAGGAGGGUGGGAGGGAGACAGUCACUCGGUCGGUCGGUCAGUCAGUCAGGCCGGGCAAGAGGAAGGACGGAGGGCAUCAUGUCUCGCUACACCAGGCCCCCCAACACCUCCCUGUUCGUCAGGAACGUCGCGGAUGCCACCAGGCCUGAGGACUUGCGACGUGAAUUUGGUCGAUAUGGCCCUAUAGUAGACGUAUACAUUCCACUUGACUUCUACACUCGCCGCCCAAGAGGAUUUGCUUACGUACAAUUUGAAGAUGUCCGUGAUGCAGAAGAUGCUCUUUAUAACCUCAAUAGAAAGUGGGUAUGUGGUCGUCAAAUUGAAAUACAGUUUGCACAAGGUGAUCGCAAAACACCAGGCCAAAUGAAAUCAAAAGAACGCCACCCUUGUUCUCCAAGUGAACAUAGAAGAUCAAGAAGCCACAGCAGAAGGACUCGAAGUAGAAGUUCUUCAUGGGGAAGAAGCAGGAGACGAUCUGAUAGCCUUAAAGAGUCUCGUCGUAGGGGACUUUCUUAUAGCCGAUCUAAAUCUCGAUCUAACUCAUUAACAAGGCAUUCUACCUCAGGAAGGAAAUCAAGAUCCCCUAGAAGAAAUUCAAGUUCUAGACGACGGUCAAGAUCCGAGUCCUUACAAAAAAGGACCACAUCUGUGGGCAAAUCACAAUCAAGUUCGCCUCAGAGGCAGACCACCUCAGGGGCAAAAUCAAGAUCAGAUGGAAGACAUUUUGAUUCACUAGCAAGAUCCCCAUCAAAAUCUCCCCAAAGACACACUAAUUCUGAAACGAAAGCACAGUCUCGGAGCUACCAUCAUAAAAACAAUUGGUGAAACAGCAUCAGAAGAUCUCUCUACACAUACUUAGACUUUCGUUAUGAGACAGAACUUUUGUUAAAUAAAAUUCUUCAUAGCUGUAAUGUGGGCCACUGUUAUUUUGGGCAUAUAUAAGUAGUAUACAUUUGCUUUGGAUUAUUAGAUUUGGCCUCAGCAUCACUGCAGACACUAUAAAUAAUGUUAUGUUUUGUUUUGUGCUAAAUGAAACUUCCUUACUCUUGUCAGGAAGACCUGAGUUAAAAUCUGGCCUCACACACGUAAUUAGCUAUGUGACUCUGGGCAAGUCACUUAACCUCUGUCUGCCUCAGUUUCUUCAUCUGUAAAAUGGGGAUAUUAAUAGUACCUACCUCCCGCUGGUUGUGGUGAGGAUAAAAUGAUAUAUUUGUAAAGUGCUUUGCAAACUUUAAAGCACUAUGUAAAUGCUAGCUAUUGUUGCUAUUAUCAGUUUCAUAAUCUUACAAACCAGUUGUUCUUUUCCUUUCCAUUUCAAUGUGCCUAGCUUUUCAAAUAAUACUUUCACAUGUGUGGUAAGAGUACUUUUCAAAGAAAAUAAGUGACAUUGAAAUAAUUUAUAAACUCAUUUCAUAUAUUCUAUAUUAUUAUCUUAAUAGUGCUACACAUUGGUAUAGCACUUUUACCUUUCCAAAAUGCUUUUGCUUACUUUAAGACUGUACAAGGCUGUUACUUCAUUGAUGUGGGUACACAUUUCAUUGAUGCAGAUUGUAAUACUUGAAACCUUGAUACACUAUUCAUUAGAUGCCAUGGCCCUAAAGUUUUGUAACCUGGUGGUUAAUCUUUUGGGGAUGACACUCUCUAAAUUUAGCUAAGUCAGGCUUGAGAUAACAGAUCACCAGGGCCAUCCUCAAAACUUUCAGUUUAAUAAGAUCAUGUUUUCCACUGUUGUAAUGUUUCCACUCCAGUGUUUUAAUCUUAUUCCAAUUUCUGGUGAACACCUUCACAUAUUACAAAAUAUAAGGUAGUUUUUGCUAUCCUUGUUAGCAGUAUUCACAACAAGGUCAAGAAUUCAAAACUUUCCUGAAUUUCAAGGUAACCUUAUCAAAGAAUAUUGAAUAUAUAUUGGUAGGAUAAUGGAAAUUAAUUGGCAUUAAAAUGACAUUCAGUUCUAUAUGAACUUGAAAUAUAACUGUUUCAGGAGUGACAAGAUAUGUGAUUGCAUUGGCAUAUGGAACUUCCACUGAAGAAACUCUGCUAAUACAGAUCAGCACUUGGCUCUGCAACUUGCAGUCUGAGACAACUGCUUGGGUACUGAGACAUUAAGCUGCUUGUCCAUCAUCAUGCAGCCAGUAUGUGUUAGAGGUGGGACCUGUGUCUCCAGCCUUUGUUUCCCUGAGGCCAACUCUAUCCACUAUGCCAUGCUGCCUCAUUACAUAACGUUGUGUAGCAUGUUGAAUUAAAAAAUGUAAAAAAUGUCUUUUGCAAAAAAAAUUGAAGUAUUUUGAAAAUAUUGUGCUGUUCCCAUUUUUCCAACAAUUAAUUUUGUUUACAUUCUUUUGCAGUUAAUAAAAUCAAAGACUUUUCUAAAAAAGUAUUUUUAGUUUACAUUUUAGAGAAGCUUUCUUGGUGGUAGUAUUAUUUAUGAUAAUUUAUUUUUAAAUAUCAGCAAGCAUUUAUUAAGUGCCUACUAUGUACCAGGCACUCGAGAUACAAAACAAAAAUGAAAUGGUCCCUGCCCCCAAGGAGCUUAGAUUCUAUCAAGUACAGUACCAUAAUGAUGUAUUUAUAUAGCUCUGCUUGUGUGCUAUGUUAAAUUGCAUUCUUGAGCCUUUGCGAACAAAGUUAAGUAUUUUUUUGCCUAGUAUGCCAGUCUAUGC